CUCACUUUCCUUCUUGCAGCGCCUCCAUUUUGGCUAUCGUACUUGUGUUAUCUUUUUAGAUUUUAAACAUGAUAAACAGCCUAUUUGUAAUCAAUAAUGUGGGUGACAUAUUCAUUGAAAAGCACUGGAAAAGUGUAAUUGGUAGAUCCGUAUGUGAUCAUUUCUUCGAAGCUCUGAACAAGGCUAAUUCACCUGAUGAUGUUCCUGCAGUGAUUGCAGCUCCCCAUCAUUACCUUAUAAGCAUCUACAGGAACAGCCUGUUUUUCCUGGCAGUAGUUCAGAGUGAAGUGCCACCUCUUUUUGUGAUAGAGUUUUUACACAGAGUUGUGGACACAUUUACUGAGUAUUUUAACAGUUGUACUGAAACGUCCAUUAAAGAGAAUGUUGUCAUAGUAUUUGAGUUACUAGAGGAGAUGCUUGAUAAUGGCUUUCCUUUGGCAACGGAACCUAACAUCUUACGAGAACUCAUUAAUCCUCCCAGCAUUGUCAGACAAGUUAUGAACACAGUGACUGGUGGAUCACAUGUUGGCACCCAUCUUCCAACUGGUCAACUUUCUAAUGUUCCUUGGAGAAGAACUGGAGUCAAAUAUAGUCAUAAUGAGAUUUAUUUUGAUGUCAUUGAGGAAAUUGAUUGCAUCAUUGACAAACAUGGAUCAACAGUUUUUACAGAGAUCCAAGGAGUGAUUGACUCGUGUUGUAAGCUGUCAGGAAUGCCAGAUCUCUCACUCUCGUUUGUGAACUCAAGAUUGUUAGAGGAUCCAAGUUUUCAUCCUUGUGUGAGGUUAAAGAGAUGGGAAGGGGAGAAAGUUUUGUCAUUUGUUCCUCCUGAUGGAAAUUACAGACUUUUGUCUUACCACAUCACCUCUGGAACUGUUGCAAUUCCUGUCUAUGCAAAACCUCAGAUCUCUUAUCAUGAGGGUGGUUCUGGAAGGUUUGAUCUUACUGUAGGACCCAAGCAAACAAUGGGAAAAGUGGUGGAAGAUGUGGUGGUGACAGUUCCAUUCCCUAAGCAAGUCCUGAAUGUGAAUCUUACUCCAUCAGUGGGAACAUGUUCCUUUGAUCCUGUAAAGAAGGAGCUUGUGUGGGAAAUUGGUAAAAUACUACCCCAGAGGUUACCAAAUCUAAGGGGAAAUAUGUCUCUUCAGACUGGAGCCCCUCCGCCCGACGAAUCUUGUACAAUGUCUAUUAAAUUCAAGAUCUCCCAGCUCGCAGCCUCAGGCCUCAAAGUCAGCAGAUUGGAUAUUUAUGGAGAGAAAUACAAGCCUUUCAAAGGAGUGAAAUAUCUCACUAAAGCAGGGAAAUUCCAAAUCAGAGUGUAGAGAAAUAUAUUUUACCAAAAAUGCCA